CCACCUGUCUCCAUUUCCGACUGGCAGCUCUUCUCCCAGGACGAGCCACCAGCCCAGCCUCUCAAGAUGGCCUUUGUCCCUGCACCUGGCUACCAGCCCACCUACAACCCGACUCUACCCUACAACAAGCCCAUCCCCGGAGGUCUCAGCGUGGGAAUGUCCGUUUACAUCCAAGGAGUGGCUAGUGAGCACAUGAAAAGGUUCUCCGUGAACUUCGCGGUGGGUCAGGGCCCAGGGUCCGACAUCGCCUUCCACUUCAAUCCCCGCUUCGAUGGCUGGGACAAGGUGGUCUUCAACUCGCAGCAGGGCGGCCAGUGGGGCAGCGAGGAGAAGAAGCGGAGCAUGCCCUUCCGCAAGGGCUCCCCGUUCGAGCUGGUGUUCAUGGUGCUGGCGGAGCACUACAAGGUGGUGAUAAAUGGAAAUCCAUUCUAUGAAUUCGGGCACCGGCUGCCUGUACAGAUGGUCACCCACCUGCAAGUGGACGGGGACCUGGAGCUUCAAUCAAUCAAUUUCAUUGGAGGCCAGCCGGCCUCAGACCAGACCCCCAUGGUUACUCCGGCGUACCCAGACCUGGGACAGAAUUACAACCCCCCGCUGAAUAGCCUGCCUACCAUGGAGGGACCCCCAACCUUCAACCCGCCUGUGCCUUUCACGGGAAGACUGCAGGGGGGGCUGACAGCCCGAAAAACCAUCAUCGUCAAGGGCUAUGUGCCCCCCACGGGCAAGAGCUUUGCCAUCAACUUCAAGGUGUGGUCCUCGGGGGACGUGGCUCUCCACAUUAACCCCCGCCUGAGCGAGGACAUCGUGGUUCGGAACAGCUACCUGAAUGGCUCGUGGGGGUCCGAGGAAAAGAAGCUCACCUACAACCCGUUUGGCCGUGGCCUGUUCUUUGAUCUGUCCAUCCGCUGCGGCAUCGAUCGCUUCAAGGUCUACGGCAACGGCCAGCACCUCUUCGACUUCUCCCACCGCCUCCCGGCCUUCCAGAGGGUGGACACUGUGGAGAUCGAAGGCGACGUCACCUUGUCCUACGUCCAGAUGUGAUC